AUUUACAGGAGGACAGGCCUGGUGAGACUGAGUGUGGGCUGGGCGGCCUAAUGACAGAGGGGGAGGUAUGAUGUACAUGUUUAGAAUGUUUAUUAUGCUGUACAUGUUAAGAAGUUGAUUUUGUGGUGAAUGAUCAUUGUGGACAUCAUUUACGUGUGUACGUUUCCUAGUUGUUAAUUUAGGUGCUAACAAAGCUACAUAUAAUUGUUAAUGUGCAGGAUGGAAAGGCUAGGGAGACAGAGGGGCGUGAGGAAAAGGAAGAGGGAGGCGUUAGAAACAUGGAGGUAUGUUAACUUGUAGAAGUAGUGUAUUUGUAGCUUUGGGUUUUCCAUGUACAAACAUUUGAUGCUUUGUAGGAGGGCGGUUCCGAAGUCUGCGUGGACGAUCCCAAUACAGGUUUGGAAGGAAGUAACAAUGAGGUAUGGAAACGUGCAUAAGUUUGUGUUUAUAACUCUGGAGGAGGUAUAGCAGGUGUUAAUUUGUGAUCAAACAUAUUUCUACUGGACAGGAGGGCAAGGUAAGGGAGACUGAGGGUGGGGUGCGUGAUGAGAAGCAAGAGGAAGAACCCCGUGAGGUAUGCUUUGGUAGAUGUGGAUAUUUCUGGUUGAAUGUGCACUGGGUUUUUUUUUUGAUUGUACACGUGGACUAGCAACGCUAAAUGUAGACGUGUGUACAUGUUGAGUAGUUGUUAACGUGGUGAAAGAGCGUUGGGUACAUCUUCUAGGUUGGUCCAUAUGCGAGUAGAUGAUUUAGGUGCUAACCUGCGUGCAUACAUUUGGUAUUGUGUAGGAGGGCAAGGCUAGUGGGACUGAGUGCGGGAGGCCUGAGGAGAAGAAAGAGGGAGGCGCAAAAAACAUGGAGGUAGGUUGACGUGCUGAAGUUUUGUUGGCCAUUUGUGCGGAGGUUCAAUAGGUGUUAAUUUGUGUUUAAACUUGUGCUACUGGACAGGAGGGUAAGCUUAGGGAGACUGAGGAUGGGGGGCGUGAUGAGAACCAAGAGGAAGACGCACGUAUAACAGAGGUAUGUGAAAGUGGACAAUAUAUGUUUUGUGUACUUGUGUACAAGUAUUGUUGUACACGCGUACAAGUAAACGCCAAGUUUAAAUUUGUGCUACUGGACAGGAGGGUAAGCUUUGGGAGACUGAGGAUGGGGGGCGUGAUGAGAACCAAAAGGAAGACGCACGUAAAACAGAGGUAUGUGAAAGUGGACAAUAUAUGUUUUCUGUACAUGUGUACAAGUAUUGUUGUACACGCGUACAAGUAAACACCAAGUAUACAUGUGUACAAGCUAGACUGGAUGUACAUGUGGACAAUUAACUGAAGGUGUAUUAUCUGAGACGCUAUUUGACUGUUGUUGUUUUUUGAGGCGCAGGUUGAUGUAUUGGAUGGGUCCGGUGAAGACACAGCAGAUGAGGAACCGUCCUCUGGGAAGAUUAUAUUGGAUGUAAGUGACACAUCCGAUUUUGGCGUUACAUCCAGGCACGAGCCAGUGGAACAGGAAGGGGAGUUGGCGGCGUUGUUGUUAGCUAAGGAUCAAUACGUUGUGCCGGAAAUUAUUCCACUUGUUGAAGAUCCUGAUUAUGCCUUCUUUGAACGGGUUUUAAUGGCGCAUUCAAAAGUGUUGCAUAUAAAUGCGCGUGGAUAUGAUUUGGAUAACGAGUUUUUCAUUGACCUGGGCACACCAUGUAAAUGGGUGACAAGCACACAUAUGGAUGUUAUGAUGGAGUACGUGGGUAGUCUACAUGCGGAGACUUUGAGAAAGAACCGGGCGAUGUUCGUCGACCCUUGGUUUUCGGCCCAUUUGCAAGGGAAGGGGAGAUCUUUUAGAGCGGCUAGACGGAAAACACUCAUUGCGGCUGAUUCAAGGGCGACAAAGUUUCUGACAACUGAGGGGAAGCAGUGGGGUGUGGAUGUAGACACAUUGUACGCCCCUAUGAUUUGGGAUGGAGACCACUGGGUAGGGCUUUGCAUAAGGCUGACAACCUGGGAUGUUCUUGUUCUGGAUCCGCGUCCCGGUUAUAAAUCUGUUGAGGAAGUGGCAACGCUCAUGGCGCCAGUUGUAGAGAUGCUUCCGUAUCUUGCGAAGAAGGUGUGUCCAGCGGACGCUAUUCGGGAGCAUCAGCUUGUGCCUUUUCAUGUUGAGAGGGUAGCUGGACUGUACGAGAACCGACGCAGUGGGGACUGCGGGCCAGUGGCAGCCAAGUUCAUGGAAAUCCAUGCUACGGGGGAUGGUAUAGCAAGGAUGGCUGGCUUGAAUGAUGAUCUUGUUAGUAUAUUCCGGAAGCAAUAUGCGAUGGAGAUUUACAAGGACUGGGUCUUGCCUUUGUAUAUGUGAUGAUUGUGGUGAUGGAAGGGGUAUUUUGGUUAUGGAUGUACGCGGCAUUUGGUUGUUU